GAUUCGAGUUCUUUUAAACCUAAACUUGGAAGCCCGUCUAAAGCCUAUUGUAAGGGGUGUUGCGAAGUGUUCCAGGGUGUUCCAGUGGUGUUCCUUGUUUUACAGACACCCGAAAGCAAGAGUCCUUUACACUUUAGGUCAAUAUUUAUCUCAGGCUAUAUUUCCAGGUUUUUACACAUCAGUAAUUAACCUGAAAAUGGCAGACAUCGUAGUCAAUGAUAUCAAUAUCCAACCACACCGAAAAGUUCUUAUCCUAGGAGCGGGUCUGUCUGGAAUUGUUGCUGGAAAAACGUUACUGGAUAAUGGUAUUGACGAUUUCUUGAUUCUUGAGGGUCAGGAUUAUACUGGAGGCAGAAUAAAACAGAGAUCUUUUGGUGAGUAUAACAUUGAAGAAGGUGCAAAUUGGAUUCAAUUCGCUGAAGAUAAAGACACAGAACCAAUAUGGAAACAAAAACUAGAAAAAGAAAUCGCAGGUGUAUGGACCAAUUACUUUGACUUGAUUAUUAGAAAUGAGGUUGGAAAGGAUAUCACUGCAACUGAAGACAUUGAAAARUGGCAGAGAUUAAAGCAACUAUGCACCUCAAUGAAAAAAGAUGUCAAAAAAAAAGAUAUCAGUGCUCGUARUGCUUUGAAAUCCUUUGGAUGGGAACCAUGCACCCCAGCCCAGUGGGCGCUGGAUUAUUUGUUCACAUGGUAUGAAUGUGGUCGUAGUGCAGAAACUGUUAAGGCRGAGGGCCUAUUCGUGCCCGAUAAGGAGUUCUUUGUCACAGAUCAACGUGGUUUUAUAUCAUUGUUUAAAGAUUUUAUCUCUGAAAUUGAAUCCAAGAUUAGGUUGAGUAAGAAAGUUGAGAAAAUCGUUUAUAGUUCAAUGCAAGUCGAGGUGACAACGAGCGAUGGAGAGGUUUACUCCGCUGAUUACGCGCUAUGCACCUUUAGCACAGGAGUUCUUGCCAGUAACAUGGUGAAAUUUCUUCCACCAUUACCAAAAUGGAAGCAAGAAUCAAUAUUGCAAAGCCCUAUGGUUGUUUACACCAAGAUCUUUUUAAAGUUUCCUGAGAAAUUUUGGGACGAUAAAGAAUAUAUUUUGUUAGCCAAUGAAGCACGCAACGUCUUCACUACUCUUCAAAAUUUAGAAAGUCCUGGCAAGUUUCCCAAGGGUAGUGCGAUGCUCUUAAUGACAGUAACAGAAAAUGAAGGAAGAAGAAUUGAAAAACAAUCUUUUCAAGAAACUGAAGAAGAGAUUGUGAAAAUGUUGAGAGGAGUUUAUGGACCUAAUGUACCAGAACCAACAGAAAUUUUCUAUCCACGGUGGUCAACCAAUCCAUUCAUACGUGGUGCAUAUUCUGAACCCUUAGUGGGUCGAACAGAUCAACAAGCUGAAGAUCUCAGUAAAAAUGUAGAAAAUUUGUACUUCGCUGGCGAAGCAACAUCAGAAUGGCACGGGUAUAUACAGGGUGCUUAUUUAAGUGGAGAAGAAAAGGCGAAAAUAAUAGCAAAAGUAAUCAAAAGUAAUGAUAAUAUAAAAAUAUUAUAUAAAUGAMUAAAAUGAACAAUAACGAAUAAAUGAUGGGGAAAGAUUAUACACAGAAUAAUAUAUUAAAUCAUUAAUAAAAAAAUAUAAAAAAUAUUCCACUGCAAAAUUGGAAUAUAUUGAAGCCUAAUGAUAUUUAUUUGAAAAAAAUAUUUAUUUGGAUGAAA